GGUGAAAAAAUGCGAGCAACAAAUGACAUAGAAUGUGUCUGAGUGAGUUCUCACGCAGGCUCUUUUAGAUCUUUGAAUGUUUACAGAUGAAAACUGUUCUACAUUUUCUUCUUGUCCUUGCUAAGCAGCCACGUACUGAACUGCUGAAAAAUAUUUAGGGCACAUCAUGACCAUGUCGGAUCACUCGGUGGAGUCGCUGGGUGUUCCUUGUGCGGGACAGCGCCUCGAUCCCAAGCUCCGAGAAAUACCACGGAGCCUCAUGGAGAUAGUUGUGCAGUGUGUUCAUCUGCAAGGGGGAAGCAUGCCGGCGAGCCUGCUUUUCGAAGCGUAUCCUCCUUUACGGAAGCGUUUUUUGGACUGUCGGUUGUUGGAAGCUGUUCGACAGCAUUGCGAUCUCUUGCGAAUAGAAAAGCGGGCGGAGGAUGCAAGCGAUGUUAAUCGUGCACUGGCUGAAGACGAAAACAUUGAUACAAAAGUGUGUGCUAGCUCUGGGAGUUCCCGGGACUGGUUGGUUUGCGUUGGGCGGGAAGGGUCCUGCUCCGUUGUGCGAACUUCACCGCAGUGGAUCGCUGAUGACCUUGGGAGGCGCCUUAGAGCAACCGAAAGAGAGCUCGUCAACGCAGUG